CAGCAAGUUGUCAGUUUUCCCCUCACCAUUCCUAGCGAAAUUGUUGCUUGAGAAAUUGCUAUUUUUGUUUAUUUCUGACCAUUUUAAUUGAAAACAGUCACAGUAAGGUACUUAAUUGUUACCCAGAAAUGAUUUGAUAUUGAGAUAAAAACGGCUGCAUUGGAGCUUUAAAAAUAUAAUGAUGUGCGCAUGUCUUAUUUGCCAAGCAACGAUUGUUCCGACUGUUUGGUUUAUCUGUGGUUUGCGUAGCUAGCCAGUUUGAGUUUGUUGGAAUGCAAUGAUUAGUAAACUAGCAUAGCUCAAUAUAUUUCCGCAUCUAAAGAUUUAUUGCUUCGCAAGGUUUGCCAAAAUGCUUUUAAACAAUUUGCUUGAGUGUUUGCCGCCUGACCUCGAAUCAGUCUUCUUGUAAAAAUGGGUCAUUUUAAUAAUCCAAGCUAGCUAACUUUAGCUACAUCUUGUAAAUUGAAGAUGUUUUGCUAGCUAGCUAACUUAGUUAGGUUUGAUCGCUACAAUUUAUUGAUAGGGUAACUGCAGGAUGUCCUGUAGUUUGGCAAAGUGUUAAAACGUGUUUUGUCCAUCUGACUUAGCUUCUUAGCCUAGCUUGCUACGUUAGCCGAAUUAGCUAGCAUCAGCUUUUUCUGUCGUUUACUGAAUUUGACGUAUCGCUACUAGCUGUAAGAUAUGGCCACUGCCUCUAGCUCCUGUGUGGGGAUAAAUGGGUCUAGAAAUGGACCCUCUACACCGACAUUGGUAGCAUCUGGACAAUCUCAGCCCAUGGUCGUUGUAUGGGAAUGGCAGGAUGAUCUUGGCUUCUGGCGACCAUAUAGCGGCCAGGUGAGCGGCUAUAUCGAACAAUACUUCUCCUCUCCGCGGGGACACAGAGGUGGGGGUCCUGGCUCCACCAGCAUCAGCCUAGGACAAUCAGAUCCCAGCUUGUCGCCUUAUCUCAUAGACAUACCAAGCUUGAACCAGUUCCGCCAAGAUACAGGGAAAACGCGGUCUGUACGCCGUCAAUUGUUUGCCCAGUCCUCAGGCUUGGGUAGCGGAGUAUAUUGGGAGUGGGCAAAUGACGAAGGAGGAUGGACUCCAUACGAGACUCGCACUUCUAUUCUACUAGAACACAGCUACCUGGCACGGCAGGCCACGGCGGAUAUGGCCUCACACGGCUAUAACUACAUAGUGGACCUCACAGCGCUGGCCCAGGUCAACAAGGCCACGGGCUUUAGGCGGCAGGUCCGACGGCAGGGUAACUUUCCCUACCCACUGGCGUCUGGCGCCUCCGUCAUCCACUCGGGCCCUGCCUGCUCCUGCCACCAGUGUCUGAGCCACAGCUGCACUGGCCCCAUGCCCAGCCGCUCACGCCACUCCUUCUCCUCUGGGCAGCUGAGCCGGCCCAGCUUCCAGGGCCCCAGCAGGGCGGCUGGAGCUCACCCCACCUCAGUGUACUCGCCCUACCCCAGGAGGCCUCUUUCUGUGGGGGGCAUGGCGUGGGGUGGUCCCUGGCCCCCGACACCCUCCGCUAGUCAGUUCCCUGGACCUCCACUGUCUUACCCUACCAGUGCUAAUGGCUUAAGUGUCCCCGCCAUCCCUCUGCAACGGAAUGGAUCCACCAGUGUGAGCUCAGCCCUUGCAGCCAUACCAAGCAGGAUGGGGCUAGAAGCGCCUACCAAAUAUAAUGCCCUCUUGUCCAUGAGCAUGGCCUCCAUUUUGAUGUCAGCAGUGGGACUCGGUGUGUGCUUCACGAGUGCCCCCCUCCCGCACCCCUCCUCCGCUCCUCCUCCCCCCAGCAGCACCAGCAGGUCCGCAGGCUCCAAAACUCACAGCAGCAGCUCGGUUAGGAGGGCAAAGAGGCAGCACAGGACAGCCCCAGCACAGAAACCAGAGGAUGUCAUUCACCGCUACAUGGAGGAAGUGGCCUCUGCUCAAGACGAGGACUGCAUCAUCUGUAUGGACCGGCUCUCGUGUCCGUCGGAUUACGCCGUGGCGUCCGAGGGAGCACAAUCCAUCCCACCCGGCGCUGUGGGAAAGUUCACCAAGUGUGGACACACCUUGCACAUGCUCUGCAUGCUUGCCAUGUACAACAAUGGAACCAAGGAUGGCAGCCUCCAGUGCCCGUCAUGCAAGACAAUCUAUGGGGAGAAGACGGGGACCCAGCCCAAGGGCAAGAUGGAGAUCUAUAGUAUCGCACAGUCCCUCCCCGGCCACCCAGACUGUGGAACUAUCCAGAUAAUUUACAGCAUCCCCCCUGGGAUACAGGGUCCAGAGCACCCUAACCCGGGGCAGCCAUACACCUGUAGAGGCUUCCCUCGCUUCUGCUUCCUCCCAGACAAUGACAAGGGCAGAAAGGUGCUUGAGCUGCUGAAGGUAGCGUGGACGCGGCGCCUCAUCUUCACAGUGGGCACGUCUAGCACCACGGGCGAGCCCGACACGGUGGUGUGGAAUGAGAUCCACCACAAGACUGAGAUGAUGUCCAACGUGUCAGGCCACGGCUACCCGGACCCCAACUAUCUGGAAAAUGUGCUGUCCGAGCUGUCCUCUCAGGGGGUGACCGACCACUGCCUGGUCAAACAGGAGGGCCCCAGCCAGGGAGGAGCGUCAAACUCUGGACUGUGAAACUGACCCUGAAUCAGUUUCGUCGUAAUGUCACUACUUCAACAUAGAGAACAUAUUCACAUUCCCACUUGGAUGUUUUUUGUUGUUGAUCUUAUUAAAUAUUAAAUGCGAAGCAGAUGGUAUGUCAAAGUGCAGUGUGCAGAAUACUGCACAUACUGAUAAUGUGGGGUUUGUCGUGGACUUUAUUUGCUGUAGUAGCGCUCCACCAGCUCUUGGUUUAGUCACCUGUUCCCUAUAAAGUAAACCACUUUUGACCAGGGCCCAUAGGGUUCUGGUCAAAAGUACUGCACUACAUAGGAAAUAGGGUGCCAUUUUAGACACAACCCUUCUCUUGAAAAAAGUAUUGUGCUUUUUUUUUUGGAGCAGCCUGAUGUUUCGCACCUCUUUUGGCAUGCUCCAUGAAAGGUGGCAGCUCUUGCGUGGGAACACCGACGUCGGUAGCACUUUAGUUUUGACAGUGCAUUUAAUUAACACUUAUAGUAAUUACCAGGUUAAUAUCUGUGAUUGUUUUUCAAAUUGGUAAAUUAUGCAAAUACUUUAGUGAUAUUUCUGUUGAAAAGCAAUGUAGGCCUACUUAGGCAAAUCACUGUAUACACAGACACAUUAAAUACUAUACAAAAUGGUAGCAAAGUGAGUACCUGCUUGAUUGUGUUAUAAUGGGAGGGGGGAGAGAACUCUUUAAUUGGUAAUUUUCAUAUUUGUCAGUAAUGAAAGCACUGUAAAGGAACAGAUGUGUCUGUAAAUGCCAGUUCAUUAAGAAGCAUAACCUGGAAGAGAAACUUCUCACUUUGCCUUUGUUUCAGCAUAAUAUAAAUAUUUAAAUGCAUUAUUUAACCAUUUGUAAUAUUUUUUGUUUCACCUAAUUUCAUGGGAAACACGUGGAUUUGUAAUGCGGUCACGCUUAAUGCAGACUAAGCUGGGCCUGUAUUCACAAAGGAGCAGUGCUGAUAUCGAUCAGGUCCUCCCUGGCCUAUGUAAUCUUAAUCAUUAUCUAAGGCAAAACUGAUCCUAGAUCACCCCUCCUACUCUGAGAUGCUUUAUGAAUAUGGCCCCUGAUGCUUUGCUACACCCACUUAGAGCUACAGAGAAGUAUGGAGACCUCCUUGAUACCAUGAAAGUGGCUCAUCUUUGAGCCAGGUACAUUUUUAAAUGGCAACGAAUCCUUUAGAACUAACCAGCUCCGGGGCAGGCUGUGUUCACAUUGCCCUAAAAAAGUGAACUGGGCUGUGGAAUUCAAGCGAACAGAACUUUGACCAGCUCUUGAUGGUCUGUUUGAUUCUCUUCAUCUGAGAUCCUUUUGGAGUGUUCACAAUGCACAAAUUAAGCAAACUGCACGAGUUCACAAAAAUUGCCUGGAAGGGGGCGACCAAGUGUGAAAACACCCGUAGAAAAUCUGGAGUAGAUCUCACUUAGAAAGAGGAGGAAGGGAAGUGCUACUAAGAUCUCACUUCAAUUGUAGUAUAGGCCUACCCCCUCAGCUUUGCACUAGAAGAUUAAAAACAGAAAAAUGAAUUUACCGCAGGUCAAUUCACUUUCUCUGACAGUCUGGUCAAAAUAGCAUAGCCAUCGAGAGCAAUCUGGAUUUUUCUUUUUCGGCAUGCUUAGGGUAUAUUAACCUGGAUCAUCCAAUUCCACCGCACUGCUGUCCAACAUCCAGUUAGGUGACAUUUUACUCAGUAUUCAGGUGUAUGCAAGCAUUUUGAAAAUGUUCUCCGCAAUAAAAAAAACUGAUAAAUGAA